CAUGUCUUCCUUGGAGUGACAGUCUCUUCGACGGUGCCUGCCCUUGCGUUCUACUAUGCAUAGUAGUGUUGUUCUCUCCGACCUUAGGGAAGGGUGUCUUUUGUGGGUUCUGUUUCACAGCUCUGUUGUCUUAUUUGACGGAUCAAUGCUUGAUCCAUCGUCUUGCCCCAACGGAUCACCACUUUUACCUUUGGAGGACCCAAUGAACCCAGCCUUUUAUUGAGAUGACGACGACAAAGCAAUCCAGUUUCUGGCCCUCUUCCUGGGCCACCUCCCUUUUUUCCUUGUUCCUGGCUGGGAUAACGUUGGCCGUGGCAACUUCGUUGGCUACACGUCCCAAGGCCAUUACCACAAACAAUGACAACAUCAAGAAGAAGAAUGGCCAACAACCACGAAAAACCAUUCGGAUUGCCUUUUUGGGAAACUCCAUUCAAUAUUUUAAUGAUUGUCCGCGAUUGCUGGAACGAAUGUUCCAAGCCGACGGUGGAUACGAUGGUGUGUAUCAAAAUUCUUGUUUGCGAGGAGGUGCUUCGAUUAUUUCCUUGUUUAAGAAGGGCAAUGGAAUGGAAGAGAAAUUCCACACAGACAAUGCCCUCUUACCGGACGGAUCCUAUGAUAUUGGAGCUCCUACGGUGAAAGACUUGUUGUUGGAGAAGGAUUUUGAUUUUGCGGUGAUCAAUGACCACACACAGUCUCCAGCCAGACAAGAGUCACGCGAGAAAACCGUCGAGACAUUGAAGAAGGACUAUGUGCCAUUGCUGGUCCAGUCGUCUGGCAGUAGUAUCACAACACCCAUUUUCAUACAGACAGCGGCAUAUCGCAAAGAAGAGAUCCGAGGAACGUCCGAUUUGGGGGAUUUUGAUCACUACACCCAACUACUCCAAGAUGGAUACCAGUAUUACCGAACAAAAGUGGACGCCGCCAUUCAAGAACAACAGAAACCAGAGUCCCCACAAUCCACCACACGAAUUGCUCCCGUGGGCCUGGCCUAUUCUCACAUUUAUCAUCCCGACAAGGCACUCUGGGAACGGCUCUAUCAUCGGGAUGACUUUCAUCCGAGUCCACAUGGAACUCUGUUGCAAGCAUACAUUUUGUUCAUUACCAUGACGGAACGAGAACCACCAACAAUCUAUAACACCACUUGGUGGAAUCGAGCACGUAGAAUGCAACCUCCUUCGGAAGAGCCCUUGCCUAUUCCUACACUGGCCGAAGCCAAAGAAUUGCGACAAAUAGCCAUUCAAGUCUGUCAAAGCAACAACUUGAUCGACGCAUGAAUGAGCUCGAAUACGGUACCGUUGCUAGCUAGCAGUAUGGGAGCAAGGCAGUGAGAAGAAAUCGAUCUGAAUCACUGGAUGAGCGAACAGGGUACUAGAAAGAACCACUACUAGUAUGCUGGUGAUAAGAAACAACAUAGUAUCAGCAAUGACAGCACAAUGGGUGUCUUGUGAUUCAGUUUUCGUCCGACUUGGGUUGUUGGUUCAUCAGUGACAAGGGAUUAUGUUCAUACGGAGCGCUCUGCUGUGGCUACAUCAUUAACAUUGAAAGAUGCA